GUAUGGGAGGUUGUGAGAGGAAUGGAACAGUGAGGCAAUACAUAAGAUCAAAAGUGCCAAGACUCAGAUGGACUCCUGAUCUUCACCGCUGUUUUGUUCAUGCCAUUCACACACUUGGUGGCCCUCAUAAAGCAACACCAAAGCUUGUUCUUCAGAUGAUGGAUGUAAAGGGACUCACUAUUUCCCAUGUUAAAAGUCAUCUUCAGAUGUAUAGAAGCAUGAAGGGUGAUGUUAAUAACCAAGAUGAUGAGGCUCACAAAUCUGGUGGACUACAAAAACGGUCUAUUGAGGAUCAACAUGAUGGGUGCAUUGAUCAUGAGAUUUACUUGCACCCAUCCAUUCAGGAAUCUAAUCCUCACUUCAUUUACGAUCCUUUCAGUGUCCCUUGUAAAAGAGGUAGAAUGGAGAUAACAGGGAUGCAUGGAUUCUCAGAAAGAAGAAUAAAAGGAAAGGAAGGGAUUGGUGAUCACAAAUGGCAGCAGCCUCAUUCCUUUUCUAUCCCACAUUUUCACUUCAAUCCCUCCUUUACCCAUAAAAUAAAAUCUGACUUCCUAAAGAUUUCCAAACUUGAAAACGGUGGAUGGUUCGACGGGAUGGAACUUGAGAAACCAAGAAAUAUUGAAGAAGAUGUUGACGAGCGUGCAGGUGGGUUGUCGUUGUCGCUUUCGCUGCACCAACCGUUGGUCCAGAGGAGCAGUAAUGGUUCGUCGAUGAGUGAGAUCAGCGAGACACAGUCAAGACAUAAUUCAAUCGAUCACUCGUCAAACAAGUGUAGUGUUAAUUUAGACCUAUCCAUUGGUCUAUGUUAUUGAUGUAUGCAGGUGGUUUAUUAUUUCACUAGUUUUAACUAUUUGAGGGUUACAACUUAUGUAGAGAUGU